GUUUGUGGGAUGGGGGCGGCGUUAUUCGACGUAAUAAAAUAAAGAAUCAAAUGGAAACCUCCUCCCCCUUCCCGGCACCGCAUGGCACUAGCAUCAGUGGGCAAGGGGACGGUGCAAGGGGGAGACCUCGGCCACAGCGGCGGUGUUUGGGGGGAGAACCAUGGCUUUGGGGGUGGCUUUUCGGCGUGAGGCGAGAUGUCCAAUUCGUCGGACGCGGCGUACAGCCCCGGAGGAGGGCAGGGCGGCGGCGGAGGCAGCGGCACCGACGCCCACCUCCUCCUGCAGAACUUCUGGCCGCGCGUCAUGGAAGAGAUCCGAACCAUGAACACUGUGAGCCGCGCCAAAGAGAAUGAUUUCAAGAUCCAGGAGCUGCCAUUGGCACGAAUUAAGAAAAUAAUGAAAAUGGAUGAAGAUGUGAAGAUGAUUAGUGCUGAGGCGCCGGUGCUAUUCGCCAAGGCGGCGCAAAUAUUUAUCAGCGAGCUCUCCCUCCGCGCCUGGAUCCACACGGAGGACAAUAAGCGCCGGACCCUGCAGAGGAACGAUAUUGCCAUGGCAAUAAGCAAGUUUGAUCAGUUUGACUUUCUCAUUGACAUUGUGCCUCGCGACGAGCUGAAGCCGGCCAAGAGACAGGAGGAGGUGAGGCAAGCGGUGAUGGCGCCCGAGCAGGUGCAGUACUACUUCACGCUGGCGCAGCAGCCCACUGCCGGGCAGCAGGGGGCGCAGCAGGGAGGGCAGCAACAGACGGCAGGGGGUCAGCAAGCCAUACAACCUAACAUCAUCAUCGCACAGCAGCCCCAGGGACAGGUUGUUCAAGGCGGUGCGCAGCUGCAGUCAAUCCAGGCGGUUACACAGGCACAGGCUGCCACCAUCAGCAGCACUCCGGUGACGGUGCAAGUUGCAGACGGUCAGCAGCUUCAGAUCGUCUCAUCGCACCAGGGUCAAGUGGGCACCGGCGGGCAGGUUCAAACAGGCACCGUGUGCCAAGCUGGCACCACCACCACAGCCACGACUGGCCAGACCAUGCAGGUCAUGCAGCAGAUCAUCACCAACACCGGCGAGAUCCAGCACAUCCCCGUCCAGCUCAAUACGGGCCAGCUGCAGUACAUCCGCCUGGCACAGCCGAUGAGCGGGGGCCAGAUGGUGCAGGGACAGGUGCAGGCCAUCACUACGCCCACAGGCCAACAGCAGCUAUACCAGAUCCAGCAGGUGAUCCUUCCAUCAGGACCGGAGCAGCAGGUGUUCAUCCAGCAGGCUGGCGAGACGCAGCAGGUCGCUGUAGAGCAGGUGCCUCAGUGAGGGCAACUUGCCCGCUCCCCCAGGCUGACGGCCGUGGGGCUGGCAAGCGGCGGUUUGUGGCGGCAGUGAAAAAUAGUGGCGGCGCGAGGAGAGGCGCAGGCAGCGAUAAAGUUGUCCUUGCAGGGAGCGGCCCUCUAAAUAGGGAGGCGUGAGCUGAGCGUUCAUGCGCAGAAUUCGUACCAAGCACAGCUGAGUGGUAAACAAACAGGCUCUACUGAAAGUUCUGCGAUAAACCCCAAAAGAGGAUUGCAAACAAAAAGUAAAUAAAUGGGUGUUGGGCAAUGGUGUGUGUUGUUAGUGUCAGGGGUGUAGGACGUGUGCCAAGGAAUGGUUAGGGUUUACGGUAAUGGAAAGUGUGUGGUUGGUUAUUGUGAUCCACGAUUGACAGUUUGGCCCACCCUAACCCGCAUGGAUAGGUAUGGAUUUGUUUACAUUUUUGUUUGCUUUUCCAUUUUGAUGUUUACAGCGCACCAGAGUCGAUCCUUGAUAUUAUUCCUAGGGGCAUGAGAACCAAACAUCUUUUUGUUUUAUACACGAGAUAAGCUGAUUAAACGCGUCGUGGCGAGCGAAUGAGGGUGGUGUUUUUAUCAUUAAUUUCCAGUUUAACCCACAAUGCGUUGACACCCUUAUUUCAUACGGUUCGCCAAGCAUGGUUGGGUGUUUCAUGCGGCCAUAAUCACGGGCCAGGCACACACCUUAAUAUAUCUGUGUAGGGUGCUUCCAGAGCCUUCAAUUUGGACCCGUUAUGAUAAAAUAGCAGCAGAAGUUCUAUAUGGUGUCUGGUGCAACACUUGUUAAAACGUUUUCAAAUUAUGGGUAAAUAUUAGCCGCAAUUCCCAAAGUGUUUCGCAAUUAUAAUAGCCUAGGGUUCGGACUUUGCAGCAUUGCUAACAGCAAGUAACACAUCUAGAUUAGCACAGGUGAGAUCAGCCUCUUCCGUGCGGGGUAGUUGUGUUUUUUUCCAAACGGGCACAUAACGAUUUCUCCCUCGCAAUGUGGGUUCAAAUUGUUUAGCUCCUGGUGUUAAACAUCAACAUACUUUUACUACAUGACUUGGCUGCAUACAAAUAUGACAUUGUUGCUAACCCUGCUUCUUUGGGAACUUUUUUGGAAUUGUGCGGCAGUACAUCUGGCGGAAAGUAGGAAAAGCUGUUUACAAAUUGGUUGUGCGCACCAUUGUGAUUCAAUUAUGGUCUCGCCACUGUGGCACAAAUGCUUCACCACAUCGCCUUCACCGUCCUGCGACGUUUACAGUCUCGUACCUGCUUAACUUUUUUGCUCCUAUUUACUGGUUGCCCUCGCAGACAUGGUCCUUCAUUUGGCUGCAAUUCUGCCACCAGUCUCAUUCGUCUGGUGUCAUCAUGUCUAGCUAUGUGUCCUGCCCAAGCGAAACUUAACUAUUCUGAACAGGUCAAUAUGAUUUCUCUAACUUGCAUCUUUUCUCUGAUCACGUGUUUCUCUGUCUGUACUGUAUUCUGAGUCCAUCUAUUAUUUUUAUUACGAUGCUUGUUUACCCAGGAAUGCCUCAGUUUUUCAGUUAAUGCAUUGCUUUACCAAUGAGGUAGGUAAUGAUCUGAUUUUUGUGAACAAUUAAAAAAUUUGGAUCAUGACAUAUAGCAUACUCUUCUUCAAAUAAGGUUACGGGAUCUUUCACAUCGGUAAAGAAACGGACGACGCAUUUUAUGGUUAAUGCCCCCGGCAGUAUUCUCGAGGGUGGCUCGCUGGAUUUAAACUGCAAAUCUUUGCAACAAGUAGCAAACGCGCUUCCACUGAGCAUUUUCCCACCGCCCAUUGGUGACGGCAGGUAAAUGCUCUGAUAACUUUCUUCUUGGGGAUGUUUGUGGUCUGGUGCUUUUCAUUCAAUUUAAUUUUCCAAAAGUACUCCAUCUUGCUCUUGCUCAACUCUUUAUCCCAUUAUUUUCAUUUCAGUCCUCCACUAAUCGCCCUGGAUACUUUGUUGUGAUUUCCAACCAGUCCCAACAAUUCCUUUUAGUUCAGAAGACGUGGUGUAUGUGACUUUUGUUUAUUUUGAAAGCCUACGUGUUAAUACUCUGUGGGGCUUUCCGGUAAAGUCACGUAGAUAGAAAAAAUAUAACAAUCACGACGUUUCGAUCGCAACACAAGCAAUCGUCUUCAGGUGAAAAACUAUUAUUAUUUUAUUAUUUGCACGAUGGGGUGGGUGGCCAGCACCACAUCUGCCUUCGUCUCCCCGGUACUGAUGUUUACACACUGCACCAGUUACUCAUUCGAGGCCAAGUCGACCAAAACGAGGCCCAAGACUGAUUCCGAUAUUCGCCACUGAUCUUGGUCAGGAGCUGGAAUCGGAACUCUGGUCUUUGGGAUUUUAGCGAGCGUGCUACUAACCUCACUGCUCUACCUAUAUAUAGACAUGGUACUUCUUGGUCUUUUGGGGCUUACUUGGUUUUAAGUGUAGGACAUGAAUUAACAGUCACCGUCUUUAUCACUAUUCUGUUUAUUGAAUCCUGCAGUGAUGUGUAGGUUAGCCUGAGUUUUCAGAUCGACUUCAAGUCAGCUCAUCUACAAUUUGGAGUUCAAAUUGUGGCAAUGGAUCGGUCACAUUACAUUGCCUAUGUGAGCGUGUUUACCAAACUUGGAGAAAAGUGUUUUUCUUCGUGUAAUAUUAAGUUUUUUUAAUGUUAUCCGUAUACAGACUAAUAGAGGAUUAUUAUUACACAACAUCACGGGUUAACGUGACAUUUGUAAUGGAUUAAAUGAUCGCCCCCAUCUUUUUUUACCCUCCGAAUUCCCAGUGCUUUGGAUCGGCCUUUGUCUUUCAAUUUUUUUGUAUUUGUGUACCUGUCCGUGACCUGUGAUAUUUACUUUUGUGUUUUUGAAAUAUGUUUAUCGGAUAAAGAAGAAAAAGCGAAGUGUGUUUUUAUUGUUAUUAUGACUCGCAAUUCCCGGCGAUGUUGUAGAGCCACCUGUGCUCGUAUUUAAAAUUAGGGGUCGUGCUUCUGAAGAAAGAGGGGCGGGGGGGGGGGGAAACACUUCACAUUGUACAAACAAAACAACAAAAGUGUGAAUUUUGUAAACGUUUCAGCCAUAUUAAUACUUUUCAUUGUACGUAUUUCCAAAUGUUUUCGAUGCUAUUAAGUGUUGGUUAAAUAAAGUCAAGCUGUUUGUAAACAAUCUCUGCACCUCAUACAUCAGCCUCAACCAACCAAGAAAUCUUCUGCUUUCGGGCAGAUGCAACGUUGAAACUUUCUUUUGACAUUUUUUUUGCAUGUAGUCUUCGGCUUGAACUGCAUGUCACUAUAUAUCUCCCUGCAAUUUAAAUUCGUCUGGCAACGUUUGUCUAUCCUUAUAAGUUCUAGAUUUGAAGCUUUCGUGACUGCAAGGAUUCAUAUUCUUAGGUUUUUUUCGGUAAAGUCACGUAAUUAAAAAAUUCUAAUAAAUAAAAUGAAAAUCACGACGUUUCGGAGGCAACACAAGCUUCCGUCUUCGGGUGGAACCGUCACAGCACGAUAGCUGUAUCAAGUAAGAGAAAUUCCAAGAAAACAGUCCUUGUAUAUAUACUGGUUGAGGGUGGGAGGAGCCAAGGUAGGUCCUGGAUAUUAUUAUUGUGAGGUUUGGUCUUUAAUGGAGAUGUCUCCCAUUUUGGGAUUGAUCUGAAAUAUCUUAAAACUGGGCUAAGACACUAUGUCAGAUCCGAAGGUUUGAUCCAGAAGUGCAUUGUUGGGAAUGAUGUCACGUAUGACGAGUUGGUGCUUUUCAUGUUAAAAGUGUUGCCUGUUGGCACUGAUGGUUUAUUAUUUAUUUCAAAGUAUCUGCAAAAAAAGAUUUCCUUAAAAUUCCGCAGGGUUUUUAUCUGAGAUGUGUACCCCCCUCAUCUUUACGCCAUCCAACCUGAUACUUAAGCAGACCCAUGUCCUUAAACGCAUUGGCCAACCUCAAACUUUUGAUGCCCCAAAUAUGAAGGUUUUUAUUUUUUUUAUACACGUCCCUGAAAGGUAUAGGGACCUACCACUUGUGAAUUAAUAUUGCACACCUUGGUUUGGGUCAUGAUUUUUUAAAUACCGUAGUUUAAUCACAACUACAUUGGACAUCAUUUUAAGAAUGGCAAGAUUUCCAACUUUUAACAAAUAAAGUUUUCACUUUUUUA